CCUAGGGUUUCGCACUAUAUAUAAUCCUAAUCCUCAUCUAAACCCUCUUCUCUUCGCACUUCGCAGAACGAGUAAUAUCGCAGCCGUCCUCGUUUCACUCCCGCUGCCGCCAUGGUGAAGUACUCGAGAGAGCCCGAGAACCCGACUAAGUCUUGCAAGGCUAGGGGUUCUGAUCUCCGUGUUCAUUUCAAGAACACAAGGGAGACAGCGUUUUCCAUUAGGAAGUUGUCGUUGGUGAAGGCCAAAAGUUACUUGGAGGAUGUCAUUGCCCACAAGCAGGCAAUUCCUUUCAGGAGAUUUUGCCGUGGUGUUGGCCGAACUGCUCAGGCUAAGAACAGGGGGCACCCCAAUGGACAGGGUCGUUGGCCCGCUAAGUCUGCUAAGUUUGUCCUUGAUUUGUUGAAGAAUGCAGAGAGCAAUGCCGAGGUUAAAGGUUUGGAUGUGGAUGCUCUGUACAUUUCGCAUAUCCAGGUGAAUCAGGCUCAGAAGCAAAGACGUCGUACCUACCGUGCACAUGGAAGAAUCAAUCCUUAUAUGUCCAGUCCUUGCCACAUUGAGCUCACCUUGUCCGAGAAGGAAGAACCUGUCAAGAAAGAGCCCGAGACUCAGGUGGCAACUACCGGCAAAUCAAGGAAGUCCCAGGCUUUGCGAAGUGAGGCCAGGGAGAAAAAGAAGAAUAGAUCAGCGGAAGACUAUCCCAAGACUGUUACUCACAGUUCCCCGACUUCUCUAUUCCCCUUCUCAUCGCUCUCUCUGACAGCCGCCGUUACUCACAGUUCCUCCACCGCCGCCGAUCUGUUCUCUCCUUUCACGAUGGACUGGCAGGGGCAGAAGGUAGCCGAGCAGCUGAUGCAGCUCCUGCUGCUGGCCUCCGCCGUGAUGGCGUUCGUCACCGGUUACAUCAUGGGAUCGUUCCAGACCAUGAUCUUGAUCUACGCCGGCGGGGUUGUUCUCACCGCCUUGAUCGUCGUCCCCAACUGGCCUUGCUUCAAUCGCCACCCUCUCCGCUGGCUGGAUCCCCUCGAGGCCGAGAAGCACCCAAAGCCGCCGCCGCCGCAGCCCGUCGCUUCCAAGAAGAGCAAGGCCAAGAAGUAGGGUGAUGGUGUUUAUCAAUUCUACAGCUACGACCAAAUCGGGUUUGGGAUCGAGUUGAGUACGAAUUCGCUACAGAGUGAUUGCAUUUGAUCCGACUGCACUCUACUGAUAGAGCCAGCCUCUUGGAUCAAGAGUGCACAGUUUGCAGGCAGCACGACGGAUUGAU